AAUCUAUCUACCAUUUUAACUGUCCGCCUGUUCCCUUCUAACGCAAAUAAACUCUCUCUCUCUCUCUCUCUCUCUACAAAACUCUCAGUUUCUCGCGCACUCUCUCUGAUCUGCACACUCAGCACUGCUCGUUACUUUCUUCAUCCGUAUCCCUUGUUUUGUCCAGAGACCUAUGGAGGCACGUGAGUUUUUCCAUGGCGGGUUUUGCCCAGAAUACGUUUACGAGAAGACCGAUAAUAAAGCUACGGCCGCCGGAGACCAUUUCAUUGUGGAGGACCUCCUCGACUUUUCCAACGACGAUGCAGUGGUUACCGACGGUACCUUCGACACUGCCGCUGGAAACUCCAUCGAUUCGUCUACUGUCACUGUCGUCGAUAGCUGCAAUUCCUCGUUUUCUGGUGGUGACCAGAAUUUUGUGGGCAGUUUUGGGUGCCGGAAUUUCUCCGACGGUCAUUUCUCCAGCGACCAGCUUUGUGUACCGAAUGACGAUUUAGCUGAGCUCGAAUGGCUUUCCAAUUUCGCGGAGGACUCGUUCUCCAGCGAGGACUUGCAGAAGCUCCAGCUAAUAUCCGGCAUGAAAGCUAGGACCUACGAAGCGUCCGAGACAAGCCGCGAAUUCCAACCCGAGCCCACCCAAAACAGCCCCAGUUUUCACCACGAAAUGUCGGUCCCAGCCAAGGCCCGGAGCAAGCGGUCCCGUGCAGCCCCAUGCAACUGGACGUCCCGUCUCCUCGUACUCUCUCAAAACACAGCCUCGCCGGAGCCUGAAGUCAGGGUUCAGGCACCCGUGAACUCGGGCAAGACAACUAUAAAGGAGUCACCGAGGAAGGACUGCUCCGAAGGGGAAGCCAACGACGGGCGGAGGUGCCUGCAUUGCGCCACGGAUAAGACGCCGCAGUGGCGGGCAGGGCCCAUGGGCCCGAAAACGCUUUGCAAUGCCUGCGGUGUCCGGUAUAAGUCCGGCCGGUUAGUGCCGGAGUACAGGCCUGCUGCGAGCCCAACAUUUGUGCUGACGAAGCACUCGAAUUCGCACCGGAAGGUGCUGGAGCUUCGGCGUCAGAAGGAGUUGGAGAUGGCGCAACAGCAGCAAGAGCACCAGCAUGCGCAAUUCCUUCGUCAUCAGCAGAACAUGGCGUUCGAUGUAAACAACGGUAAAGAUUACUUGAUCAACCAACACGUAGGCCCCAGUUUCAGGCAUCUGAUCUAGCGGACAUGGAUAUCUACAAGAGUUUAAUUAGGAUAUCGAAUUCUCGUAUACGAGAAUUUUGAGAGCUUAAUUUUAGUACUGGACAUGUACGUACGUACGUAACAUCCAUUAGAGAAUUUCCAAGUUUUUUGCUAA